AUGUAUUUUGAUGGAGCAAUAAAUCAAAACAGAAGUGGAAUUGGAGUUCUUUUAAUUUCUCCAAAAGGGGCACACAUCCCAUUUUCUACCAAACUCAACUUCCCUGCCACCAACAAUGUCACAGAAUAUGAAGCUUGCAUCAUGGGCCUACAAGCAACCUUAGGCCUAGGAGUGAAAGAGUUUGAGGUGUAUGGAGACUUAGCUCUAAUAAUCUCUCAGAAGUGGUCAUCAAAAUUCAGCGAGAUCCAAUAUCAGCAUAUGUCGAGGAUGCUGAAUCAAAUUGCAAAUGCUUUAGCAACCAUGAAACCCAUGAUGGAUGGGUCAAAAGAAGAUGAAGCUAGAUCAAUAGUGUUGGAACAAAAAGAAGAACCAGCUUACUGCAUAUCAAUAGAAGAAGAUGAAGGAAAGGAUGGGGAAGGCGAAUGGUAUUCAGACAUUCUACAAUACCUCAAGGAUGGAACAUACCCGGAGUCUGUAGAUAAGAAUGAUUAG